CCCGCCUGAGCCUGAUUCACACGUCCAUUGGCACUGGUGCUGUGGAGUCGGACUCGUGCAGCAGCAGAUCAUCGGUACAAGCACGAGAUGUCUCCUUCACACACAGUCCUAUAGCGGCUAAUUCGGUUUUAUAAACCCGGAUUCGCGAAGAACAGCGGUUCCGUUCCAUCCGGGAGCUUCAUCUGCUCCGACUGAAGUCAAUCCAGCCUGUUUGGUGUAUUACACGGAUCAGUUCGGCGUGUGUAUUCAUGUUAUUGCGGGCAUUAUAUUGUUGAAUACAACAGAUAAUCAUGGCGAGUGACUCUCCUGCGAGGAGUCUGGAUGAGAUCGACCUGUCUGCUCUGCGGGACCCUGCGGGCAUAUUUGAGCUGGUGGAGCUUGUGGGAAAUGGCACCUAUGGACAAGUAUAUAAGGGACGUCAUGUUAAGACCGGCCAGCUUGCUGCAAUCAAGGUCAUGGAUGUCACAGGGGAUGAGGAGGAGGAGAUCAAAGCUGAGAUCAACAUGCUAAAAAAAUACUCCCACCAUCGAAACAUCGCCACCUACUAUGGUGCCUUCAUCAAGAAGAACCCACCUGGCAUGGAUGACCAGCUCUGGCUGGUGAUGGAGUUUUGUGGUGCUGGUUCGGUGACAGACCUGAUAAAGAACACCAAAGGAAACACUCUGAAAGAGGAGUGGACGGCCUACAUCUGCAGAGAGAUCCUCAGGGGUCUGACCCACUUGCAUCAACAUAAGGUCAUUCAUCGUGAUAUCAAAGGUCAGAACGUUUUGCUCACGGAAAAUGCGGAAGUCAAACUAGUUGAUUUUGGUGUGAGUGCACAGUUGGACCGUACCGUGGGUAGGAGGAACACUUUUAUUGGCACUCCGUAUUGGAUGGCUCCAGAGGUCAUAGCCUGUGAUGAGAACCCAGACGCCACAUAUGACUUCAAGAGCGAUCUGUGGUCGCUGGGAAUUACAGCUAUUGAGAUGGCAGAAGGAGCGCCUCCGCUGUGCGAUAUGCAUCCGAUGCGAGCGCUUUUCCUCAUACCCAGAAACCCAGCGCCUCGUCUCAAGUCUAAGAAGUGGUCUAAAAAGUUCCAGUCGUUCAUUGAGAGCUGUUUAGUGAAGAAUCACAACCAGAGACCCAGUACUGAACAGCUCAUGAAACAUCCCUUCAUCAAAGACCUUCCCAACGAGAGACAGGUCCGAAUCCAGCUCAAAGACCACAUUGACCGGACCAAAAAGAAGAGAGGAGAGAGGGACGAGACCGAGUAUGAGUACAGUGGAAGUGAAGAGGAGGAGGAAGAGCGAGACAUAGGAGAGCCGAGCUCUAUCAUAAACGUCCCUGGGGAAUCGACCCUGAGGCGGGACUUCCUGCGUCUGCAGUUGGCCAAUAAGGAGCGAUCCGAAGCCCUGAGACGACAACAGCUAGAACAGCAACAGAACGAGGAACACAAGCGCCAACUACUGGCAGAGAGGCAGAAGCGCAUCGAGGAGCAGAAGGAGCAAAGGAGGAGACUAGAGGAGCAACAGCGACGGGAGAGAGAGCUCCGGAAACAGCAGGAGAGAGAGCAGAGGCGGCGCUAUGAGGAGAUGGAGCAGCUCCGGAGAGAGGAGGAGAGGAGGCAUGCUGAGAGGGAGCAGGAAUAUAUCCGGCGCCAGUUAGAAGAAGAACAAAGGCAGCUGGAGAUUCUUCAACAGCAGCUCCUCCAAGAACAAGCUCUUCUCCUGGAAUACAAACGGAAGCAGAUAGAGGAGCAGCGGCAGGCUGAGCGGUUACAGCGACAGCUGCAGCAGGAAAGGGCCUACCUUGUUUCACUGCAGCAACAGCAACAGCAACAAGAGCCACGGCCUGCGGACAAAAAGCAACUGUACCACUACAAAGACUCAGUCAACCCCAGUGACAAACCGGCCUGGGCUAAAGAGGUGAUGGAGAGAGCUCAGGGUAGCUCCCCUCGAAUCCCUCCCAAGAAGCACCAUUCGUUUAACAGUUCUGGAGAAAAACGUGUCGGCCAACUCCUCCCUCUUGACAAGAGCUCCUCUAAUCAGCCCACGAGGCCCCCCUCCUACCCAGCAGCCUCCCACUCGAGAGAAAUAGAGCUGGCCGAGCCUCAGCUCAGGAUAGUCAGUGGGCCAAACGUUCCUAGAGUCCGUGUGUCUUGCGAGCCAGAUCCAUCCCAGCUGGUCAGGAUGGUCCAGCAGCAUCUUGAGCAAGAGUCCCGGGGCCGCAAUCCCGGACACUCCAACAAAGGGGCUGAUAAUGAGAGAGACUUGUAUGCAAAGGUCUCAAAGGUCUCAAAGGUUGAGGAACGCUCCAAGCUAAACCGCCAGAGCUCUCCGGCUAUCCAGCACAAAGUGGCCAACCGUAUUUCCGACCCGUCCCUGCCUCCCCGCUCAGAGUCCUUCAGCAGUGGAGGCAUUCAGCAGGCCCGGACGCCUCCCAUGCACCGCCCGGUAGAGCCUCAGAUCGCGCACCUGGUCUCUGUGAAGUCCCAUGGGUCUUCCAUGACAGGAUCCCAGUCGCUGCAUGAUCAAUCCUCUCAGGGCGUCUCAGCCUUCCAAGAGGGUCUGUCACCUCACCGACCACCGAUGCCUCGGCAGAACUCUGACCCCACAUCAGAAAACCCCGCCCCACCACCUCGCAUUACCAGCCGAGAUGAGAAGUUUGACCGUAGCUCUUGGCUGAGACAGGAAGAUGACGUCCCUCCAAAGGUGCCCCAAAGGACCACUUCCAUUUCCCCUGCACUGGUGAGAAAAAAUUCUCCAGGGAAUGGACCAGGAGGACUGGGACCGAGAACCGGAGCACAUCUGAUCCGAGCCAGUAACCCAGACCUGCGGAUCCCCAUGGAGUCGGCUCUCCAGAGAACCAGCAGUGGUAGUUCUUCCAGUUCUAGCACGCCCAGCUCUCAGGGCAGCUCCAGCGAGAGGAACCGGGUGGGAGGCUCCAGUAAACCUGAGGGAUCCCCGGCAGUGUCCCAAGAAUCCAAGCCCAAAACCCAGGAGGAGAACAGGGAGGUGACCAGACCCAGCCGACCAGCGGACCUCACUGCUCUGGCCAAAGAACUUCGUGAGCUGCGAACCAAUGAGGAAACCAACCGGCCUCCCAGGAAAGUGACAGAUUAUUCCUCAUCCAGUGAGGAAUCGGAAAGCAGUGAGGAUGAGGAUGGAGAAGGCGGGGCUCAUGAUGGAACUGUUCCCGUUAGUGAUAUUCCUCGCAUCAUGCCUUCUGCUGGCCAGGGUGGCACAGAUUCACUGGUCAACCAGGAGGAUUCUCAUGCCAGUGAUUCAUUUGGCAAUAAUUCACAAGACAGUGCCCUGAUGAUGCGAGAGACGUUUUGGGAAAGCAAGCUCGGUCAUGCCGAGAGCAAUGGUUUCCCCGGUAACUCCAAUCUGCCUGAUCUAGUGCAGCAAAGCCACUUGCCUGGCGAGGGCCCUGGGCGGCUUUCUAGUGGGCUGGACCUGGACUCUGUGGCUGAAUUUGGGAUGGGGAGCGGGUCCAAAGCCUCCUUCACUCCUUUUGUGGACCCACGAGUGUAUCAGACCUCCCCCACAGAGGACGAUGAGGACAACCCUGCCUCAGCUCAUUUUGCAGAUGAACACCUCCGGCUGGAGCAGGAACAGGAACAAGCUCGACUAAAUGAGGCUCGGAAAAUAUCUGUUGUUAAUGUCAAUCCCACCAAUAUCAGGCCACACAGUGACACACCGGAAAUCCGCAAGUACAAGAAGCGUUUCAACUCUGAGAUCCUGUGUGCGGCACUAUGGGGAGUGAAUCUUUUGGUAGGAACAGAAAAUGGGCUCAUGUUACUAGAUCGCAGCGGUCAGGGCAAAGUCUACAAUCUGAUAAACCGCAGGCGCUUUCAGCAGAUGGAAGUUCUGGAGGGUCUCAAUGUCCUGGUCACCAUAUCAGGCAAAAAGAAUAAACUGAGGGUCUACUAUCUGUCAUGGCUUAGAAACAGGAUACUUCACAAUGACCCUGAGGUAGAAAAAAAACAAGGAUGGAUUACCGUUGGUGACCUAGAGGGAUGUGUCCAUUAUAAAGUCGUCAAAUAUGAGAGGAUUAAGUUCUUGGUGAUUGCAUUGAAGAAUUCAGUGGAGAUUUAUGCCUGGGCUCCCAAACCCUACCACAAAUUCAUGGCAUUCAAGUCUUUCACAGAUCUUCAGCACAAGCCUCUGCUUGUGGACCUGACGGUGGAGGAGGGUCAGCGGUUAAAGGUUAUCUAUGGCUCCAGCGUUGGUUUUCACGUGAUAGAUGUCGACUCUGGGAAUCCGUACGAUAUCUACAUUCCGUCCCACAUUCAGGGCAGUGUUACCCCUCACGCCAUUGUGGUGCUUCCCAAGACUGACGGCAUGGAGAUGCUUCUGUGUUAUGAAGAUGAGGGAGUCUAUGUGAACACAUACGGCAGAAUCACUAAAGACGUGGUGCUCCAGUGGGGAGAGAUGCCCACCUCUGUUGCCUACAUCCACUCCAACCAGAUCAUGGGCUGGGGAGAGAAAGCCAUUGAGAUCCGCUCCGUGGAAACGGGACACCUCGACGGAGUUUUCAUGCACAAGCGAGCACAGCGAUUGAAGUUCCUUUCGGAGAGAAACGAUAAAGUGUUCUUUGCCUCAGUCAGAUCAGGAGGCAGCAGCCAAGUUUUCUUCAUGACCUUGAACAGAAACUCCAUGAUGAAUUGGUAAUUCAUCCCCGCCCCUCCCUGCAUUGUAUCUGUGGACCUUUUCUACUUUAUUGAAAAGUGUGAAAAAAGGAAAGACAGGAACAUCCGGGUGUGCUGGAUAAUCUGGCAGACGGCAAAAAGACCAAGCCUUGCUGGGACCUUCUCAGAAGAGUCAAAGACAAACCCAAAAUCCACACGCCCCCGCAAACAAUAAUGUAAAAGAAACAACCGGUCUGCGUUAUUUUGAUGGCUCUUUUAUUAACAUGCGUGGGGUUUUGGGGUUUUUGUCUGUACAAAUCUCUAUCUAGAUUCUUCUGGAGGUGAAGACUGGAAAUAUGGGGAAUAAGACCCACAGAGUAGAGUGAAUAUUUGUACUGUUAAGACACUUUUCGAUAAUAAUUUGUCACGGUUGCGCUCGAACAUCAGUAAACCUCCCUUGCGGGAUGUAUCCAUUGAGGCUGGUUUGUGUGAUCAACCCUUUUUCUUUUUUAUGUUUCAGCUUGGAAUGCACACAGAUAUUUGUGUCAUGUGGAUACCACUCUAAUGUCUGAUAUUUAAGACUUGUAUGAUACUUUGCCACAUUAUGUUGGAGCAGACAGACUUCAGGCUGUCCACGGAAUGUCUUAAAUAUGAAUUUGCAGAGCUGCUCGGUUUAAUUUGUCAAGUCCAAAAGAAAUGGAUGUUAAUGCAUAUUUCUAUAAGGAAAUGAAAAUUCUACUUUUUGGGAUGGAAAUUGAUGCCUGCUGAUAUUGACGUAUAACGGAACUUUAUAAGGAUUCUGAAUAUUCAUACUGUGCAUUCCUAGUUUUAUCCCAAAGCUCUAUAGUAUUCACAUUUGGAGCCUGUGGUUUGGCAAUGUUUUCCUUGUGCUCAGGGAGAUGGUGCUGUCGAUCAGACCUUUUACAUUCAUUUCCAUUUUCUUUACAACUUAUAUUAUGGGCGAUUUAAAGGGAUAGCUCAAUUAAAAUUGCCAUUUCAGAACUGUAAGAUUUUUGUUCCUCAGUUAUACAUAAAAAGAGAAGUUUAUCACUCUUCAACAUCAUAAAAGUAGUCAAUGUGCACUGUAUUUCUAGUUUCUGAAGCCAUAUGAUUUUUUUAAAAGUUAUAGUGACAAAUAACAGCCUGGACAUUGACAAAAAUAUUUGUAAGACAAUAAGGCUGUUUUACUGGCCCUAUGAGAAAAUAAAUUUCCAUAUGGAUUGGAUUAGACCAUUUUUAUUUAAGGUCUGCGGAGAUGAUUCUUGAACGCUUUAUCACCACAGUGCUUAGAAAGAGUCUGAAUACUUCAACUGACUGGUAAAUACUACAGAGCUUUCUGUUGAAACAUAAAAAAAUACAUUAAGAUUCUGUUUAGCGUAUCAGUAUCUUUGUAAGAGUGUGUGUUUGUGAAUGAAUGAUGAGAUGUAAUGCUUUCCACCAAUGAUACAAAAAUAACCAUUAACAUACCAGCAAUCUCAGUUGUUUUAGUAUCAGGAGUAACACGUGUCAUUAGAAUAAGAAUGUGCUGCAGUUUUGUAUUUUUAAGUUGGUUUUCUCGUGACUUUCAGCAAAGUGCAAUAAAGGCCAAGGGAAUCGAGCCUGGUGAGUCGAUUGCUCACCUCUCUUCAUGAUGGAUCUCCAACUCUUUCCAGAGGGACAUUCACUAUCACCCUCUGUAAAUAUCCACUUCCGUUUUGGAAAAAGAGUCCUGCCUCCGAAUCGAAUGAAUUUGAACUGUGAAGUUGUGACAGAAAUGUGCGACGCUGUUUGUGGUUCUGUAAGAUCCACCACCUUCACGUGAAGCGGUGAACGAAGGGUAGUGUUUUGUGAGUAGAGCUUCCUUUUAGGCUACCUCGUUUCUGUUCACCUGUUGGAUCGGUUCAGUUUUCUGUGUGGGUAAUGACUAUUGAUGCCGUAAAUCAAACCUUUGUAAGUGAAACAAUAUAAGGCAAUAUUCCAGAUCGUAGUUUGAAAAGGGGGUUAUUUAUUCUCUGGAGGGAGGAUGGGUUGUGUCUUCUUUUAAAUGCAGCCAGUAGAUCAGUGAAUUUUCAACAUUAUUCCAUUAUAAUAGGUAUAUUUUCGAUUGGCGAUGAGGAUGUUGUAAUUAACAAAUGUAAAAUAAGGCUAUGUUGUCAUUCCAUGUAUAUUCAGAGGUGAUUUGAGUGUAGAGCGCCAGAUAGAAAUAUUCAGAAAUGAAAAAAUAAUAAUAAUAUUCUUGGUGCAAUGUCUUGUGUUACAGCCAAAUCAAGUCCACACUUUAAAUUAGCCUGAUUCUUCAAUUCGUGCAACUUUUUGAUACCCAUGGAUGAUUUUAAUGGAAAAUCCUUUUUUUUUUUUUUUUUUCGUCUCUCUAAUUAUUUACACUUGAAGACAUCCUCCGUUUAUUUUUACUUUUUCAUUUUUCUAGCUUUAUUUGUAUUUUUUUAAUCAAAUACUAAUGUCAUCAUCACCAUGCCAAGAAUUGUAAUUUAUCAAUUAAUUUUCUUUUUUUUUUUUUUUUUUUUUGUUAGACCAAGCACACAACUGACAUUACUUCCAAAUCCAAUCCACUUGAUAAGUUUUAUUAAACUGUUUGCAUUUUUAGGAUUACACAAACACAAAAAAGCCUCUAACUGCAGAAUCGCCAACUUGAAGUCCUUCCAAAUGACGUGGCAUUUUAAUCAAAUAGGUGGAAUCAAGAUAUAACAGUCCUUUAUAUACUUUUAUAUAUUUUCAUUACAGUUCUGUAAGGGCAAUAGAGUGUGAAAUUCACUUAACACAACUAGGAACUUUUGAGACUUCAUGUUUUUUGUCCAUCAAACUGUGAACUGAGUGAAUGUGUGUGGAGGUGUGAAAUGCUUAUGGGGUCUUCCCAUUCAUUUCAUCAACGGCUAUGAGGUUAGUUGAUCUCUUCAUCUCUCAUGCACCACCUUCAGUGGUAGAAAAUCUUUCGACGUGUCCUUGACCUCAUUUUCUUUCUUAAUAUGGACAUUAAUACUGUAAGUACAUCCUUUAUAUUCAGGCCGAGCGGGUUUUGUUGUUUAAUUUCUGUAUUUCUCUUUUGUUUUUGUGUAUUAAAAUUUUUGAUUUAUAGCACAA